UCAACAAAAAUGGCCAAAUUACUUAACCCCAUCUUCUUCUCUUGCUUAUACACAAGUUUCAUAUUUAGCCUCUCAAACCUAAACUCCCGUUCGAUCUUUGUCAAUGCAAAAACUCUACCAUCCGAUAUUCAAGCUCUACAAGCUAUCAAGAUGUCAAUAGAUCCAAUUUCAAUCUCCUCAGAAUCAUUUCUCAAUAGUUGGGAUUUUGCCUUAGAUCCUUGUGAGACGACGGGGACAAGUUUCUUAGGCAUUCUUUGUACAAUCCCUCUUGACAAUAACUCAACAAGCCGGAUAAUGGAAAUCGAUUUAGAAGGAGAUGAACUAGAGGGAUUCUUGACACCAGCAAUAGGAAACUUAACAGAACUUGUUGCUCUAAAUCUUGGCAGGAAUAAAUUCAGAGGACCAGUGCCAGAGACUAUUACUAAUUUAAGAAAACUCACAAGUCUUCAACUUUACGAGAACUUUUUCUCGGGUAGUCUUGUUAAUGGCAUUGGUUUUCUAAGGAAACUUGAAGUUCUUGAUUUGUCAAAUAAUAGAUUAUCCGGUUCAAUACCUUCAUCUAUUACUUCACUUAGAAGUUUAACUCAGUUAGAUUUAUCUAACAAUGAACUGACUGGUAAAAUCCCUCAACUUAAUGGCUUAUGGCAGUUGAAUUCAUUUGAUCUUUCAAAUAACCAAAUAUAUGGGAAUUUGCCAGAGUUUCCACUGAAGAUCAAAACAUUAUCACUUGGUCAUAACUUACUCUCUGGCCACAUUUCACCUGUGAAUAAACUUCGUCGUCUCAGGAUAUUAGACCUUAGUGAUAACAGGUUUUCAGGAGCGAUAAACAAGGGGGUGUUUAUGUUGCCUGAUAUUAGUCACGUAAACGUUUCAGUGAACCGGUUCACUGUGUUAGAAGUGGUGGAAUUCACUGAUAAAGCAACACAGCUUAAUACAUUGGAUGUCCAUGGUAAUCGUCUACGUGGUCAUUUGCCUGUAAACUUGAUAACUUACCCGAACUUAACGGAGAUAAACCUUGGACAUAACCUGUUUUCGGGGCAGAUUCCAUCGGAAUAUUGGCCGAGGUUGGGUUUUUCAUGGAGAAGUCUUGAUUUGGAAUAUAACUAUCUUGAGGGACCUGUGCCCCGAGAGCUUAACAGGACGUUAGAAGGCGUUCGCGGAAGUUUUGCACGUAACUGUCUUACUUGUCCUAAGGAUUUGCAGCUUUGUCUUGGAGGACAGAGGCCAGCUUCAGAAUGUGUUGGAAGGAAAGGUGGAGGAGACCAUAGUUGAGAUAUAUAUAUAUAUAUACCAUUUGAAUUUCUUGAAAAUUACUACUGCUUUAUAUUUAUGGAAUAUCUAAUGUUUGUUUUUAAUGUAAGU